GUCACGAUGGAUUCCAAGAAAUGUCGUCGCCGAUCACUUCGCAAUUUAAGACGCUCAUCAAAUUUUUUUAUCCCGGUGAAAGCUGUAUUAGAAAACCAAUAUGACAGUGAAGACGUAAUAGCUGUUGAGUCUGCUUAUGGGAGUGCUUGGCUAGGAGAAAAUGUUGAUCAUUCAAAACACACAUCAACCUUUGCUGAUUAUGAAUUUGUCCUCUCGGACCAAGGUGUUCCAACAACUUCAUCCAAUACCCCUGAAUGUUGUAGGACACCAGAAUCAUUGUCAGCUGUAGCAGAUGCCCCUUCAUUGAACGUUAGUUCCGUCAUCAUUGCAGAUUCCAACUAUCCUAGCUUAGUUGAUGAAGAUACACAACUUAUUGAAGAUGCUGAGGAUGGUAAAAAUACAGCCAGCUUUUUGGCAACUUCUUGCAAUCUUGAACCUAAUGAGGUGGUUAAAACCAAAUCUGCUGUUGUUACCUUGCCUCAUUCUUCUACUAAACCUAGUUCAACAGGAGAAUAUGUCAAGAAAAAACAGAGAUUACAAGAUACUAGAAUAUAUAGGAACAGUAAAUCAGGUUUAAAGCAAAACAAGCCAAGUUCUUUUAAUAAAGGAGCACUGCCACUAGAUAAGAAAACCAAGCCAGUUCUCCAGUUACCAAAGCCAUAUCCAAAAACAAAUGUUGAUAAAAGGACCCCGCAGAAAAGUUUCCCAUCCCACAAGGUGAAUGAACGUGCUCAUCAGUCUCUAGAUGUGUCAUGCUGCUCUAAAUCAAAUCAAGAAACUCCUAAUAAAACAAGUGCCAGAAACACUUCAGAUGUUCAGUCCAAACAUUUGAAGUCUGUCAUAGAGCAACUGUCAUCCAAGCUCCAGGCAUUACAGACAAGUCGAGGUCUUGGCCUGGAGAGAAAGCUAGAAAACAAAAAUAGAAUAGGAGAGCCAAUUUUGCCAUUGAAAAUCAGACGAAAGAGUGGAACGCCAGGUUCUGAGCAGAAGAGAGAAAAAAUGACGCCAAACUCAGACAAAAGUCUAAAGGCAAGACAAAGAAGAAGUCUUUCUUUGAAAAAAAGUGUGCCUAACAUUGAAGUUGCUUGUGGUGCAGAUGUUGAUAAAGUUUUACCAAAGAAAACCAGCCUUGACUUUGACAAGCUUCUAGAAAGUGAUGUUUUAGAUCCAAGCACUCAUGAAACUUUAGGUAAUGGUGGGACAACUGGAGUAGCUGUAUAUGAUGAACCUGAUUUUAUGCCAGAAAAUAUUUCAGUUGUUGAAAAUUUUGGUGAUGAGUUUUGCGUGAGUGAUCACAAUAAAGACAUUGAAUUAAAUUUAGAAAAACUUAAUUCUUUGAAUGGAUGUGAUUUAGAAAUUACAGAAGAUUUAAUCAAAAGUUUGGGUUUACCAAAUUUAGCAUCUAAUGAUUUACCAGUAGCUGAUAAGAUGGAGCACAAGACAGAUUUUAGCACACCAGGCAAACAAAGUAAAAGAAAGUCUCUCAGAAGGUCCUCCAGAUUUUUCUCACCACAUGAAAUGCCACUGAGUUUUGCGCUAGAGCAAAGCCCAGAAAUUGAUGACCAUCUUACACUGAGCUCUGUUUCUCCAUUAAAAACUUCAGGUUUGGUCAACAAAUCAUUCAGUAUUUCCCAAGCAGACAUUUAUAAUACAUACUUUGAUUUAGAAAAUAAAGAAAAUAUGCUUGAUAACUGCAAUGAUCAAUGUACUGAAAACGAUCAAGAAUUGGAAAAUUGCCCAAAGAACAUGACAGAUAAUCAAUCAAAUAUGUAUGUGCUAAAUGAAAUGAUAGAUGACUUUAAAAGUCUAAGCACAGCUGAUGUGACCAUUAACGUGCCUGUAAAGGGAAAGAAUAAGAGAAGAUCUAGCAGCACUCACACUAUAGGGGGAGACAAUGAGGAAUGUAGUGCAGCAAAGAGCAGCCCAAAAUUAGAAAAUAAUUUGAACAUUUCAGAAGAGGAUGCAGAAUCUCCACAUGAGUUACCCAUUGUUGACAUGGAAACUGAAGUCUCCGGUGACUUGGUUUCUGAUACUGCUGAAGAGAUGGAUACCAGUGACACAGGCAAUAGAGUUUUGAAAUCUUUGAGAAAUAGAAAAUCAUGGGGCUUUCCUCAAACUUCAAAACCUGUUAAUAACGUAAAAAUCACAAGAAAUAAUAAAGACAAAAACUCAUCUGAAAGUUGUGAUGGUAAAAGUUCAACACAGGAACCAAAGUCUGAUAGUAUAGACAUAAGUCCCGCACUUGUUGAUCUGUACCGCAAUAAAAACUUUGUGCAGCCCAAACCUAAGGUAUGGGAGACAAUUAAGGAAAACCCGCCCAACCAUCUUGCAGUGUUCACAAAGAAAAAAUUCAGACGUUCUCUAGUUUUUAAAGACAACGCCACUACAGCUAAGCUACAGCGUAGACACAAAAAAGCUGUAGAACUAAGUCAAGGAACGGAGAGGGUGCCUAUCUCUGAUGAUGAGUUUAUGAGGAAAUUUCUAGAUAUUCAGCUGAUGCUGGAUUAAAUGUUGGCACUAUAUUUGUUCUUGAGUAGGGACUACCAGCCAUGAGCAAUUUUUUGGGUAUUAUUUUACAAAAUAAAAUUUAACUGAUGAGAUGUAGAGAGUGCGCUAACAUUUCACAUGGUGGAAUCAAAGAUAAACACUCUUUGUAUGAUAAAAUAAAAUGAAUACUAUUUUAAUAGUUGAAGUAAUAAUAAAAUUGCUGAUUUUUAAAGUUUUCAAUAUGCUGGAGACUAACUCUAAUAUUUUGAAUUUUUAACAUUGCCUUCUUAACUAAUUUAGUUAUAUGCAAUAUAAUACAUUUUUAAAAUGUGUGUAUGUUUUUAGUUUAUACUGGCUUGAAAUUUAUUACUAGCAAGCCACUGUAUUAGAAAUGUACAUGUUGUGUUUUUUCCCCCUUAAAAUUAGAUUGACUUUGUGAUGUAUUUCAUUUUCAACAUGAUGCCUAAAUACAAAAAACAUUUAAUAAUAAUAUUAAACAGUGUGAGAUUAUCAAAAGCUUUGAUAUUGUUCAGGUUUUUUUGACAGGGAAUAAAUGGAGCAGUAUAUAUAGUGACAUUUAUUAGAAACAGCUUUUGAACUAAAUAUAAUAAACUAUUUGGGUUUGGC